AUGGCGUUAUUGUGUGUCGUUGCGUUAACCCUGGCGAUUCUAGGAGCCGAUGCUCAAGGCACAAGUCAGCUCCCAGUAGCGGCAUUUUCAAGGGGGCAAACCACACAUUUACAUCUUGUUCAGGGAGAAACUCUAAAUUACAACAAAAUUAUUACGUCCGUGCACACCGACGUGGAUAAUAGCGGCGUCUUCCAUGCCGCACAAACGGGUCUCUACGCCUUCCACUUCUACUCACUGACCCGCGAGAACUCCGAGUUGUGGGUUGAGCUGUACAAAAACACACAGUUGAUAUGCUCAGCUUAUGCUCACAACCCAAGUUCGAGCGGGUAUGCCGACGCCGGAAACAGUGCCUUACUGAACCUCAACUCCGGUGACACUGUGUACGUUAAGGCACAUGACGCGUACGAUAACUCGCUUUAUGGUGCAAGUGACGAGAUCUAUACCACAUUUACAGGAGUACUCAUUGAUUCUGGAUUUUUUGAGCACGAAGGCUUCAACAAGAAUGCGCCACAUGGAUUUUCAGUUGGUCUCAGUGUUAACCAGACUAUCAAUGACGGAGGCAAAGUCGCAUAUAAUGUCGACUUCAACAAUAACGCAACCCUGGCUGGAUAUAACUUCACCUCACACGACUUCAUAGCUCCAUAUGAGGGCCUUUAUAUCUUCCAUCUCCACGCCCUGUCUCUGGCCGAUAAGGAAGUUUACCUGGAGCUGUUUAAGAACAGCCAGUAUGUCCUGUCUGCGUAUGCCUACACGACCAACGAAUGGGGAGAUGCUGGGAAUUCUGUCAUCCUUCAUCUCAAUCAGGGCGAUGACAUCACCAUCAAAGCUCGACCCCAGUACGACGUACAGCUCUUCGGAGACGUGUCGCAGAUUUACUGUACUUUCUCAGGAGCCCUUCUGUCCAUGACAGUACCAGGAAACAAUGUCGUGUCAGGCGGUUUUAGCGAAGUGGCUUUCUCUGUAGGCUUAUCGCACAACGUCAAUAUCAGCGCUUAUUCUGUAGUAACAUGGGAUAGAUUGUUUACCAACUAUGGCAGUGGCUUUGACAUGAACACGGGAAAAUUCACAGCCCAGGUCAGCGGAAUCUAUGUAUUUCACUUCCACGGAUUAUCACAGACUGGAGAAGAACUAUAUCUUGAGCUAUACCACAACUUCCAGUACAUUGUGUCUGCUUACGCGUACGACGCGAAUUCCUACGCGGCCGGAAGUAAUGCGGUCACCCUGACUCUCAUGUCAGGUGAUGAAGUCUAUGUUGGAGUUCAGAGCCAGGCAGUGCUGUACGGAGGGUAUGAUGAGAUAUACUGCUCAUUUUCCGGAUACCUACUUGCCCCACUUGCCCAGUCUCAGCCAAUUGUCGGUUAA